AUGGACGGCAUGAACAUGGACAUGGGUGGGAUGGAUAUGACCAGCGAAGGCAUGUUUACCAGUACGAAUCGUGGGAUCGCCCAGAAUUACUGGUAUGGAAUCGUGGUAGCGAUCGGCUGCUUCGUUCUGGCAAGAGUGGUCUCGACGUUACAGCGAUGUGAGCGGUUGCAGAAGAGAUUUUUCGCAGGAAAGAGCGUGCCAUCGCGGCCAUCCACCCUUCUGGCUCGGACUCAUGCGACCGUGAUCGCGAUUAUGCGAGAGAUGACUUAUCCACAACCGGUUUACUUCGUCGGCACCAUCAGUAGAUACUUCACUCCUCUUCCAUUGGGACGUUGGAUCAUCAUCACAAUAUACUGGACAGUGCUCCUGAUCUUCCUAUGGAGCGAUACGGUCCUCCGACCAGACGAUCCAAUGUACGCAUACAAAUGGGAGAAGGUCGGGUUCCGAGCAGCGUGGGUCACAGUGGCACAGAUACCAUCUCUCUACCUGCUGUCGAUGAAAUUCAGCCCCUUGACGUUCCUGACGGGCAUCUCAUACGAGCGAAUCAAUUGGCUUCACCGGUGGGCGGCGAGGACGGUCUUCCUGACGGCUAUCCUCCACUGGUCAUUUUUUCUGCGAGAAUGGUGGCUCGCCGACUUUGUUGAGCUCGAGAUUCAAAUGAUGCCCAUGGUGAGAUGGGGUUUUGGCGCCUUUGGUAUCCUGGCCUGGAUGAUCAUCUCAGGCUUCGGCUUCUUUCGAGCUCGAGCGUACGAGAUCUUUGUGGCCCAGCAUAUCGCCUCUGCAGCAGUAUUUCUCUGGCUUUUGUAUUGUCACGUCCCGGCUUACAAUCGCAGCUAUGUAUGGGCCUCUGUCGCAUUCUUCGCCUUCGACUUCACCACGCGUAUUGUCUGGAGUUUCUGGCGAAACAUUCAUCUUCGUGGUCGACUCCCUCGAAUCGGGUACUCAGCCCGACUCGAAUGUCUGCCUGGCGAGGUAGUACGAUUACAGAUCAACGAUGUUGGCUUUCGGUGGAAUGCUGGCCAACAUGCCUUCAUUUGCAUACCACGUCUGCGACCCUUCGAGCUGCACCCUUUCACCAUCGCAAACGCUGCUCAGCCACGCGAUGCAAGAGCUAAGCAGCAGAAGUUCACAAUGCUGAUCAAAGCGCGAUCCGGCUUCACAAGAAGCCUCUAUAGAGCAGCUGCGUGCGCAAACAAAGGCGACUGCGUCUUUACAGUCUUCCUGAGCGGACCUUGGGGAGCGCCACCGAAGCUCCACCACUACGACACAGUCGUGAUGAUCGCUUGUUCGACGGGCGCGUCGUUUGCAGUGCCUCUUGUCGAUGACUUGGUUCACAAUCCCGGCUGCGUGCGAAGCAUUACUCUCCACUGGAUCAUUCGUCAUGAAGACCACUUUGCACGGUGUGAGCAAGAGUUACAUGGACUGAUCGCGACGGCUAAAGAAUGUGCUCUUCAGUUGCGGGUCUGUGUACAUGUGACACAGGGCAUGAAUCGUGGCCUACAGACUGUUCGUUGUAUGGUAUCGGAAGACGAGGGCGAGUUCCGAUCGGCACUGUUCAGGCACACAUUGGCCGAGAGUGUCAGCAUGACCAGCUCGACCUCUAGCGCUGACGAGACAAAGCUACUGUCAUACAAUCAGCAGGCCGCGUCUCUUGAUAAGGUGUAUGGCUGUAGGCCCACAGUUGACAGUAUGAUCCGCCCGCCAGUGGAAGCAGCACUAGGCGAGACUGCCGUGGUAGUAUGUGGUGGAUUGUCAAUCACAGCUCAGGCACGGAACUCCGCGGCUGGUCUAUCGGAUGAGAGAGCAGUGCACAAAGGGACGAAUGCUGAAGGCAUCUACCUCUUCACCGAGAGCUACGGAUGGUAG